AUGAAGCUCAUCAUCGCAGGCGCAACAGGCUUCGUCGGCACAGAAGUCGUCCGUCAAGCCUUGUUGCAUCCCGCAGUGACCUCUGUCGUCGCGCUCGGUCGACGCGCAACUCCAGUGCCUGCAAACAUCGGUCCGGACGCAAAUGUAUCAAAACUCAAGUCGACAAUAUGCGACGAUUUUGAGAACUAUUCAGAGAGUGUAAAAGCGGAUCUUGCCGGUGCUGAUGCAUUAAGGGCAAUGCCGUUUGAGCAAGUCGAGAAAAUCUGUCUCGAUUACACUGCCAACGGUUUAAAAACAAUGGCAGCCAUGAGCAACAAACCGUUUCGCUUCAUCUACACCAGCGGCGCUAAAACGAACAGAGACCCAACCGUAAGGCCUUGGAUUAUGCCAGAUUAUGGCGUGUUACGGAGCCGGGUUGAGAAUCAUGUCCUCGACUUCGCGAAACAGCCUGACGGCAAAGAUGUGCAAGUAUGUAUUACGCGACCGGGCCUCAUCUACGCGCCUGGUCAUAUGAGCACUUUGACAGUAGUUGCGUCGACGAUUAUGCGUAAUUUGAUCGGGUUGCCGCGCGUGGAGCUCGAUGAGAUUGCGGCGACGAUGGUGGAUCAGGCGGUCAAUGGGAUCGAGAAGGAGACGCUGUUGAAUGAGGAUCUGGUGCGGAUUGGGCGGAAGCUGUUGACAAGCUCCUAG